AUGUUUGUUUAUAACUUUGUUUCGAACUUAGUGUUUGGUGUCACUGAAUUUAAACAAGCUAGGCAGACAAAGACUGCUCAAAUACCUACAAAAUCUCCCAGAGAUUCCUUCUCCAAUUCCUCUUAUUGCAGUAAUCACAAUCACGUUAAGCCACAUCUCAACUUUUACCAGCAGAAGAAUUUUAAUAAACAACAACACUUCCAUUAUCACCAAUAUAAUAAACAACAUUCAAAUAAAAAAUCCUCUUCCCAGAAAGCACGUUAUUCAAAAUCACAAAAAAUGCCUCCAGCUGCAUACUCAACUUUUCAUACUCAUCCUACAACAGCCUCUGCUUACGUUGCUGCCACUAUGAAUUCUCUUAACUCCAAUAACUCUUCAAACAAAACCCCUAGUAACAGAAAAGUCAUCGAUAAUGAUUAUAGACAUAAAAUAGUAGAUGACAUUUGUGCUGAAACAAAUUUAUAUACUAUAAUCGGUGUUGAUCGAAACUGUAACUCAGAUGAACUUAGAAAAGCUUACAUUAGUAGGUCCCGGAUUUGUCAUCCUGACAAAUUUCCUGAAUAUCCAAAAGCGACUGAAGCAUUUCAAAAAUUGGCAUAUGCUUAUGAAACGUUGAAUAAACCAUCAACACGUCGCGCUUAUGAUAUAUCAGGAACUAGUGAUUUAGGUAGUGUCAAUGGUUCUGGUGACGAAACGUUACACGGUGUUUUAUAUCAACUAUUUUUGGAAUUCAUGGAUGGUGACUUUGAAAUGAUCAGGGCUUUAGUCAAUGCCCUAAAUGAAGGUAACCCUGGUCUCAACUUAGGUGAAGAUGCUAUCGAGACUUUGGAAACUGCUUUCCGACGAAUGAGAGAGUUACUUUUAGCUGGUAAAAAAUACGUUAAAAUUGUUCAAUUUGAAUUAAUCCGUCUAUACGAGAUUCAGCAACAACUUCGCGCUCUUUCAUACUUUGAUGUAUUUGGUCGUCUGCGAUUGACCAUCCAACUUGCUCGAAUAACGCUAAAGAUACCACUAUUAAUUGACAAUUCAAUGAAAGCCGAAUUUGAGCAUUUAGGUGGCAAAUCUGGUAUGAAUAAGGGACUAUUCGGUGAUAGUAUGGCUAAAGUCAUUACUGGUCUAGUGACUAUUUUAGAUCGUGGUGAAAAGUUUGUAUGA